AUGAGUGGAAGUGAUGCCGCCUUUUUGAGAUGGCUGGUUGACAAGACCGCAGAACCUUAUCGCACAAUUAGCGAUGGGACAUGCUGCUGCAACGCUUCUCAAAUCGAAGCGUUUAUUGUGAUUGGAGUCACUGCACUCCUCACCGGCCUCUUAUGGCAUAGCGUCGUUUUUUCUCCGCUUAAAUUAAUUGCCGUUUUCUUGCAUGAAUUUGGACACGCAUCAGCCACGUGGUUAACUUGUGGCAAAGUAACAGUGACGUGGGAGAAAAUUCCAACGCGAAUCGCUGCAGUCGUUUUUAUGGUUUCUGCUGUCGCGACAACUCUGAUUCUUCGUAUUAAGGAUAAGCGAGUGUGUGGGUCUCGUUUGGCCUUUGGAAUGAUUCUUCGAUGUGCGAUUAUCUUUGUUGCUGCAGUUCCAGCGGGCCUUUGGGUGUUGGAAGAAAAGGUAGAAAUGAAGGUUCAUCCAUUGCGAUGGUGUAUGCUUGUGAUGGGAACUGUUUGCACAUUGCACGCUGUAUAUGAUUGCCUCCAUGAUGUUCUCUUCAAAAAGAUCGAUAAUGAGGCUCAAGUGAGUUAUCGAUAA